AGCGCGCCAUUUCUCCCCGCCUCUUUCUCCGCCCUCCUUGGGGCUGCCAGUACUUGACGUGGCGUCUCCGCCCUCUACCCUUACUCUGCGUGCGUGCUUGCGUGCGGCGGAGGUGGCUACGCGGGCAGGUCGGAGCUGCGUGCUGUUGCUUUUGGUUCUUCCGUGGCCGCCCUCGCUGUCCGGCAGUCUUGGCUUGAGGAGCCGACGAGGCGCGCUGGUCACAGCCCUUUGGAAGCCCAAGCAGCUCGGCGCGGGGCCUGGCGGGAAGGCGGGCGAGCGCGUGGCCGAGGGCGCCGCGCGGACGGGCGGGCGCCCGUGAGGGAAAGAGGCGGGGGCGGCGGGUUAGCCGCGGGCCGGGCCGGCCAGGGGAUGUCGAUGCCUGACGCGAUGCCGCUGCCCGGUGUCGGGGAGGAGCUGAAGCAGGCCAAGGAGAUCGAGGACGCCGAGAAGUAUUCCUUCAUGGCUACGGUCACCAAGGCUCCCAAGAAGCAAAUCCAGUUUGCUGAUGACAUGCAAGAGUUCACCAAAUUCCCUACCAAGACUGGCCGGAGAUCUUUGUCUCGCUCCAUCUCGCAAUCCUCCACAGACAGCUACAGUUCAGCUGCAUCCUAUACAGAUAGCUCUGAUGAUGAGGUUUCCCCUCGAGAGAAGCAGCAAACCAACUCAAAGGGCAGCAGCAAUUUCUGUGUGAAGAACAUCAAGCAGGCAGAGUUUGGACGCCGGGAGAUUGAGAUUGCAGAGCAAGACAUGUCUGCUCUGAUUUCACUCAGGAAACGUGCUCAGGGAGAGAAGCCUUUGGCUGGUGCUAAAAUAGUGGGCUGUACACACAUCACGGCCCAGACAGCGGUACUAAUUGAGACACUUUGUGCCCUGGGGGCUCAGUGCCGCUGGUCUGCCUGCAACAUCUAUUCAACUCAGAAUGAGGUAGCUGCAGCACUGGCUGAGGCUGGAGUUGCAGUAUUUGCUUGGAAGGGCGAGUCAGAAGAUGAUUUCUGGUGGUGCAUUGACCGCUGUGUCAACAUGGACGGGUGGCAGGCUAACAUGAUCCUGGAUGAUGGGGGAGACUUAACCCACUGGGUUUAUAAGAAGUAUCCAAACGUGUUUAAGAAGAUCCGAGGCAUUGUGGAAGAGAGCGUGACUGGUGUUCACAGGCUGUAUCAGCUCUCCAAAGCUGGGAAGCUCUGUGUUCCAGCCAUGAAUGUCAAUGAUUCUGUUACCAAACAGAAGUUUGAUAACUUGUACUGCUGCCGAGAAUCCAUUUUGGAUGGCCUGAAGAGGACCACAGAUGUGAUGUUUGGUGGGAAACAGGUGGUGGUGUGUGGCUAUGGUGAGGUAGGAAAGGGCUGCUGUGCUGCUCUCAAGGCCCUUGGAGCAAUUGUCUACAUCACAGAAAUUGACCCCAUCUGCGCUCUGCAGGCCUGCAUGGAUGGAUUCAGGGUGGUGAAGCUGAAUGAAGUCAUUCGGCAGGUGGAUGUUGUAAUAACUUGCACAGGAAAUAAGAAUGUAGUGACACGGGAGCACUUGGACCGAAUGAAAAAUAGUUGCAUUGUAUGCAAUAUGGGCCAUUCCAACACGGAAAUCGAUGUGACCAGCCUCCGCACUCCAGAGCUAACAUGGGAGCGCGUACGUUCUCAGGUGGACCAUGUCAUCUGGCCUGAUGGCAAACGGGUCGUCCUUCUAGCAGAGGGUCGCUUACUCAAUUUGAGCUGCUCCACAGUUCCUACCUUUGUUCUUUCCAUCACAGCUACAACACAGGCUUUGGCACUGAUAGAACUUUAUAAUGCGCCGGAGGGACGCUACAAACAGGAUGUGUACUUGCUUCCUAAGAAAAUGGAUGAAUAUGUUGCCAGCUUGCACCUGCCAUCGUUUGAUGCCCACCUGACAGAGCUGACAGAUGACCAAGCAAAGUAUCUGGGACUCAACAAAAAUGGGCCAUUCAAACCUAAUUAUUACAGAUACUAAUGGACAUAUUACAGUGACCAGUCCACAUGAACCACACAACUCUAAUAGAGUAUUUUUUAAGAUAACUUUUACUUUAUUCUUAUUACUUUCCUUUUGAUUUUUUUUCUAUAAUUUCAUUUUUCUUUUCUCAUCUCAUCAUUUGAGUUUUGCAGACCACACAGGAACUUGCUCCAUGGCUCUUUAGGUGAAACUGAAGUCAAAGGUUUCUCACCCUAGUCACUAAAAGGGGUUAACUCUGCAGACCAGAAAGUUGAUUCUUUAACCAUUUCUGGUGACUUUGAUCGCAUUUAGUUACUUAUUAACAGAAAAUGCUAAGGCAUCUUCUAUGUGGAACAAUCUACAGUGUCUAAAUUGCCUUAAAAGAGCCUGUUCCUAGCUGCUGGAACUAGUGCUCUUUCACUUCUUCAGAGGAGCCAGGAUGGUACUUCCCAGCCAGGUAGGUUAGAUUAGGUGGUGCAUGUCAACUUCCUUAGAAACUCUAAGCCCUGUUUCCUGUGUAAGGUGGUGGCAUGUCUGGCACAGAGAUGUGUUGCUUGUUAAACUCAGUAGGUUCACUUGGAUUUGUAGUUCAGCCCUUCCACCAGACUCUCUCAUUGUUCUAGUUAUAACUAAACUGCAUUCUAUCAAGUUGAAUUUGUCCCUUAGCAUUUAUUUGUUUUAUUUCUUUUAAUUAAGGAAAACUUUUAGUGUUAUCCCUGAGGAACAGCUCAGGUGGAUAGUUACCAGUGUCUCUUUUGAACCUUUGAAGCAAAGUGUGAAGAGUUGAGGCUAGAAAAAUACUAGUCUCAGACUCUGAUGUUUCCAGCUCAUAGUUUAUAGCGUCAGUGAACUGGAGCCAUAAGCAAAAUUUCUCAGCUCUGCCUCACGCAGCUUAUGCUGACGGCCAAUUUCUUGAGCCAUUACUCAGUAUAAAACACUGAGCUCUGUCUUUAGGGUUUAUCCUUUAAGAGCAAACUUGUGGGCAGCUGUGCUUCUGCAACCUAAAUUAUUUGAAGGGAAGUCUGUAUAGAUGGAAGAAAGAAUGAUAAAUUGGGCCAAGGUGAAACAAAUGUAACUGUAUAAUCUGUUCAGAACUGUAGACCUUGUCUGGUGUUAGUUUUAUAGACAUGGUGCCACUUUUGAUUGACACUUGCCACAAAAAUAGAAAAUAAAAAUUAUAAACUGAGAUCUUAAAGAAGACUUGGUGGAGAAAGUACAUCCUGAUUCAUGCUCUAAGAGAAUUCCAAGAGGCCCUCUAAAAAUCAGAGAGACUCCCAGGCCACGCACCCCGCUUGCCAGUAUCUCUGCAUGGUCAAAUGAGCUUUCUGCUCACAAGCUUUAAGUAUAUAAGUAUCCAGGAUUUUAAGUCCUCAACGUGUUCUAGCUUGUGAUCCUUCAAAGAUGGGUUAUGUGUUAAUGAUAGGUACUACAAAUGUUUACUUCUCUCUUUCCACUGAUCAGAGAAACAGGCAUUAAAAACAGAAAUACAAAAAAGGAAAGCUUUUACCCUGCACCUUCCUUGCAGGGAACGAUUAUCUUGACAAACUUCUUUCCCUUUCAUCUCCCAUUUCUCUGUACCCAGCCCCUUCCUGUUCCUUGCCAAUGUGAUCAUGCUUUCUUCUCUAUAGAUGCUAACAUUUGAAGACCCCUUUCCUAGGGCACUUAACCAUCUAGUCAGAAUGCCACAUUCAGUGGGGACUUAUCUUGGCUAACAGCAGUGUAUCCAUCUGGUCAGCUGUACUUUAGGGAAGGGGCCGAGUUCCUGCUGCCCUCUAAUUUGCCCUCUGGUCCUGUAUCUAUUACUGUGUCCAUAGGAACAAUAGGUAAGGGCUAGUCUCUGUCAAGCCAUGUAACAAAGGACACUGGAAAAAUGUCUGGCAUCAGAGGGAACAUUUGGAGACCAACUUGGGAGGAAAAUAUUCAUUUUGUAUUGAAUGAUUUUUAAUGAAUGCAAUAUUAAUCCUUGCAGAUGAGCAAUAAUCAUUAAAAUCAAUUAAAAAUGAUAAGACA